AUGUUGGAGGGCCUCGUGUUUGACUUCUGGAACGAUCCGGAUCUCAAGUUCUUCUGGAAUCGCCCGCGAUCGCAAUGGUUGAGGGAACUUCCAACUGUCCGUAUUAGUGACCCAUGUUUUAGUCACGUUCCUGAUUCCGGUGAUGAGCGGUGGGCCGACUUCCUGACGCUCGUCAAGCAGGACAGUAGCAUUCCUGACGAGUGGCCCUGGCACAUGGAGCAAGGGCACAGGGCCUCGACUACCUCAAUCGUCACGUUCAGUGGGAUUCUAAAGCAACAAGGCAUCCCUGAGAGCGGCGUGGUCAACAUCAAUGAUGAGCACCCGCACACAGCCAAUAUGGCCACCGAGUACAAGAUCGCGUCUCUUAAGAACAAUCCUGGCUAUGCCAAUUGGCUUAUUGACAUCCGUGCCAUCCUUCGUCGCAACGGUCUCUGGCGUUACACUCAGUCUGACGGUACUUCUGACGUUGCUGCUGAGCUUGUCGAGCAGCUUGUGAACCCCGUACGGACUGGGCUUCGGCUGUAA